AUGGGAGCUCCAAAGAUACUCGAAAAGCUGACAAACUUCAAAAUACGACUUGCGCCCGGCGACGCUCCAGCAAGUUUAGAAGAACUGGUUCAAGCAAUCCAUCAUACUUUCAAGUAUUCCGUCAAAACAGGACAUCCGCACUACCUGAACCAGCUCUCGAGCGGCGUGGACAUUGUGACCUUGGCUGCCGACUGGAUCAUCGCCACUUGCAACACGAACAUGUUUACCUACGAGAUAGCUCCGGUCUUCGUACUGCCAAGGGUUCACAUCAUGUUUGACUGCGGCUCUGCAUACGGAAAUUCGCGAGAAUAUCGCAACCUGAAUAUUCGUUUUGUAGAAACGUGA